CAUUCCCCCCUUUCUGGUCGACCAGAAGAUGCCCAUUUCGCCCCGCGCGAAAACCCCGAGUCGCUCCCCCGUAAGGCGAAGACGGAAGAUGGGAGUGACAGUAACGGGCGAUCAUCCCUCGUACAAGGAGAUGAUCACAGCAGCCCUGACCUACCUCAUGGACAAAAACGGGUCAUCCCGACAGAAGAUCCUGAACUACAUCAUGGCCAACUACGACAUGGGAACAGCCUCGGAAUCCCAAGUGAACAGUAGGCUCAAGUUUGCACUACGGGCUGCCGUUAAGCAUGGCAUGCUGAUGCGAAAUGCUAGGGGCAUCGGAACAACUGGCAAGUUCCGACUGUCCCGCGGCGGCCCGGCGCUCCGACGUAGGAGAAUGAGGAGCAGUGGCAAACGUCGGAGGACCAGAAGGCGUCGUUCUCCCAAGCGAAUGAGAAGAAUGACUAGGCGCCGACGACGAAAGGUAGCCAAGAAGGCAGCCAAAAAGACAACAAUGCGCCGAAGGAGGCGAGUGCGACGAGCCGCCAAGAGCAAGAAGGCUCGCCGUACGAGGAAAGUCCGUUCUCCUCGUAGGCGAUUGAGGAGGCGGCCUAUCCGCAGGAAGAGAACCACACGACGAAGAACCAGGCGAUAAACACUGACUAAGA